GCCCGGUGAGGCUUGGAGCAUCGCUACCGAACCCGAAGCAGGUGGCCUCGGAGGAGGGGCGGAGGCUGGCCCCUUGAACCCUUCGGGAGCCCCCUGCCUCUCCAUUAAUAAGAGUCCUGACUCAGGCCACCGCGCUCUGCUGGCGCGCAGGACCUGGCUUGGCUAGAGGGCACCCCCUGACCUUGGUCUCUCCCUCGUUCCAGAUCUGCGCCAGGACCAUGGGCGCCGCGCUGGUCACUGGCCCGCGGCUGACCUCCCUGCCACGCAUGGCCUGCGGCACCCUCCGGCGCCAGGCACCCUCCGCGCCCGCCCAGGGCUGCCACUCCAAGUCCGGCCCACCUCGCCCCGUGCCCCUGAAGAAGCGCGGAUACGAUGUCACCAGGAACCCUCAUCUCAACAAGGGCAUGGCCUUUACCCUUGAAGAAAGACUGCAGCUCGGCAUCCAUGGACUGAUCCCGCCCUGCUUCCUCAGCCAGGAUGUCCAGCUCCUCCGCAUCAUGAGAUAUUAUGAGAAGCAGCCAAGCGACCUGGACAAGUACAUCAUUCUCAUGACUCUCCAAGACCGCAAUGAGAAGCUCUUCUACCGGGUACUGACCUCAGACGUGGAGAAAUUCAUGCCCAUUGUGUACACACCCACGGUGGGGCUCGCCUGUCAGCAAUAUGGCCUGACCUUCCGCCGUCCUCGUGGGCUGUUCAUCACCAUUCAUGACAAGGGCCACCUUGCAACCAUGCUGAACUCCUGGCCAGAGGACAAUAUCAAGGCUGUGGUGGUGACCGAUGGAGAGCGCAUACUGGGCUUGGGAGACCUGGGCUGCUACGGCAUGGGCAUCCCUGUGGGCAAGCUGGCCCUGUACACCGCAUGCGGAGGAGUCAAUCCACAGCAGUGCCUUCCCGUCCUGCUCGAUGUGGGCACCAACAAUGAGGAGCUUCUCAGAGACCCUCUGUACAUCGGCCUGAAACACCGGCGUGUUGGUGGGAAGGCGUACGAUGACCUACUGGAUGAGUUCAUGCAGGCCGUGACGGAUAAGUUCGGAAUCAAUUGCCUCAUCCAGUUUGAAGACUUCGCCAACGCCAAUGCCUUCCGUCUGCUCAACAAAUACCGCAACAAGUACUGCAUGUUCAACGAUGAUAUCCAAGGCACAGCCUCUGUAGCCGUGGCAGGGAUCCUGGCCGCUCUGAGAAUCACCAAGAACAGGCUCUCCAAUCAUGUGUUUGUUUUCCAAGGUGCUGGGGAGGCAGCCAUGGGCAUCGCCCACCUCCUGGUUAUGGCCCUGGAAAAGGAAGGUGUGCCCAAGGCAGAAGCCAUAAGGAAGAUCUGGAUGGUGGACUCCAGGGGCCUGAUUGUCAAGGGUAGGAGCCACCUGAACCAUGAGAAGGAGAUGUUUGCCCAAGACCAUCCUGAAGUCAACUCGCUGGAGGAGGUAGUGAGGCUGGUGAAGCCCACAGCAAUUAUAGGUGUCGCUGCCGUCGCAGGAGCCUUCACGGAGCAGAUUCUGAGGGACAUGGCCUCCUUCCACGAGCGCCCUAUCAUCUUUGCCCUGAGCAACCCCACCAGCAAGGCUGAGUGCACAGCUGAGAAGUGCUACCGGGUCACUGAGGGCCGAGGGAUCUUUGCCAGUGGAAGUCCCUUUAAGAAUGUGACUCUGGAAGAUGGCAGGACCUUCAUUCCCGGUCAGGGAAACAAUGCCUAUGUGUUUCCUGGGGUCGCCCUGGGCGUCAUUGCCGGUGGGAUCCGACACAUCCCAGAUGAAAUCUUCCUCCUCACGGCAGAGCAUAUUGCCCAAGAAGUCUCUGAGCAGCACCUGUCCCAGGGGAGAUUGUACCCACCCCUCAACACCAUCCGAGAUGUGUCUCUGAGAAUUGCAGUCAAAGUCCUCGACUAUGCUUAUAAACACAACCUGGCCUCCUGCUACCCAGAGCCUGAGGACAAGGAGGCUUUUGUAAGAUCUCUGAUCUACACUCCAGACUAUGACUCCUUCACACUAGACACCUACAGUUGGCCUAAGGAAGCUAUGAAUGUUCAGAAGGUCUGAUGCACGCUCUGGGACUUGUUUGGGCUGGACGAAGAAAUACAAUAUAAACGUUCCAAAAUGGCCAGCCUUGUCACGAUGGUGAUUUUUUGUUUGUUCGUUUGUCAUUUGUUUUACUUUGUGUGUUCUGCGGAGAUGCUGAGGCAUGCAGCGGGUGUCAGCUUUGUUCCUGAAGGCCCUGGAAGCUCUCCUAUAAAACUUCUCUGAAUCCUCUCCAAAUGGUUCUUUUACUGUUAAUUGCUAAUAUCAAAGCCUUGUGGGAAAUUCUGCUUAGAAACCCACCUUUGUAGAGCUCAAGGUCUAGCUUGAACUCAAGUCCUUUUCCAUAAGCGAGGAAGUGUUGUGUCCAUGGAAAAUGUUCACAGGGAAGUCAUAGAGCUCCGGGAAGAAAGGAUGCUUCCCAUGAGACACAAAAGGAGAGCAGUGUUUGUGCUCUGUCCCAUGACUAAAGGGCGGAUUCGUCAUAGGCACUCAAGGAAUGUAAACAAAGCCACCUGCCAGAAAAUGUGGUCCACCCAUCAGGGAGUGAAUUCAUUUCAGAAGAAUACAUUACCUUCAAGGCUCAGUAGGGUGUGGGUGGAGGCUGAGUGGCCAGAGGCUCAUCAAGAAGGGUCCCUGCCCUUUGGGUUGUUGAGUACUGUACAUUUUAUGUUGUCAUUACUAAAAGGAAAACUAGAGAAAUAGGGAUGAGAAGGAUCUGCAUGCCAAAGAACGAGGAGAAAGAGGAGCAAAGAGCGUGAGCCACAGGGAAGGCUUCGAUUUGAUUUGUAAGGAAGAUUUGAUUUAACGUCCCAGGCCUGGGACACACUCUCCCCUCCAUCCUUCACCCUGAAGUAAUGAAGCAAUUCAAAUUUCUGGUGGAGGUGACGUUUAGUGAAAACCUUUACCUCCCCUGUUUUCAUGACUGCACACAUGCACAGCAAACAGUAAAGAAAGACUUGGAGCCCCUGCUUGGCCUGUUUGGGAUAUUGGCUUCCAGUCUCCUUUCUCUGUAUAAAUCACGCUUUGAGACCUACCCCUGGUGCCACUUCAGCCAGGAUUCCCGCUGCAUAUAGUGCACUAUUUGACUGUCUCUCGGUGCAAUCCAGGUGAACUCUUAAGCUCCACGAAGAGUAUCUGGCAGAGUCAUGAAUCAGUCAUCUCUUGCUCAGGUCUUAUUCUUCCAGCAUCGGCUUCCUUGGUACUAGUACUUAGCCAACAAUGCCCCCAAAGCGUAGACCUAAAUAUAAAAACUAACACUAUACGUUUCUGGAAGAGAACAGAGCAGUGAGUCCUUGUGGAGAUUCACCACUAAAUCUCUAAUGGCAAUCUCAUAUCUAAUGCCUGUGUCCUGGGGAGCACAGUUGCAAACGGCAGAAGAAACCGGCUAAGAUUUCCAAGGUUCUGAUCGAUUGCAUCAGCCCCACAUGACCACCAAUGGCCUGGCUGAACUUCUCAUUUCCACAGGAGAAACCAUCUACCUGGACCCAAACUCAUCCUUUCUAUUCCAUGCCCAGAAUCAGUAAGCGCACCCAAAGAAGGAAAUGGUUUCUUCCAUCCGAAAGGCUCCCUCCAAGGAAGACGUCUACUGAUAGUUCAUAUUCCUCUCCUCGCUCUCGUAUCUCUCCUAAUACGCGACUUUUGGAAAGUCUUCAUAUGUCCUUAGUUGUUGUAGGUCAUGUCUUGGGGUUCCAUCAUCUACCACAUCCCAUGUAGACAUAGAUUUUCAGAAUUCCAAAUGUAUUCCUAAUAUCACUGAAUUAUGGCCAGAGAAUCUGUUAUGACUUGUUGAAAUAGGUUUCAGUUUGCUGGGGAAUCUUUUUUUUUUUCAAAUGCUAUGGUCAAAUUUUAAAAACAAAAAGUUCACAUCUUAAAAAGAAUAUGUGCACCAACAUGGUAGGAUACAAUAUCCUUUGUCUGGGGAUUUUUAUUUUACUUUACUCAAUUCUACAUAUUACUGAUUUUUUCUCUACUCGGCCUAUUUCUGAAAGAUAAUUUUUUCCUUGCAGUUUUGACCAUAUUUAGUUCACAUAUUUUGACUCAGUGUUAUCAGGUAUAUGAAGUUUAGAAUUGUUAUCAUUUACAGUAAAGUGAACUCAAAUCUGUGAAACUUUGUAAUUUUCUUAAUAAUGCAUUUGUUCUAUGACAACA